GACCUCUACGCCUCUACCAUGUCUGCUGCUGCUGCGUCAACAUCUCAGCCCGUACAGGGCACUUCUGCUGCAGUCGAACACACAAAAGAUGACGACGUCCCGCACCUCGGCGUGCUAGAGGAGGAUGAUGAAUUCGAGGAGUUCGCGGUAGCAGACUGGGACGACUCACAAACGGACCUUGCGCAUUUGGCCGGUACGGCACCCGGCGCGGCGAAGUCGGGCGGGGACAAGCUGUGGGAGGACAACUGGGACGACGACGACAUCGAAGAUGAUUUCAGCGUGCAGCUAAGGAACGAGCUUGCGAAGAAGAAGGGCAAUGGCGGCGGCGCCGAGGCAAUGCAACACUGAUCUCGUGCCGGCCAGUAAACCACCAUUUCUCGUUUGGACUGUUCCCCUCUGUACUGCUCUACAUCACCGAAAUCCACGAACU